AUGGUUUAUUUAUCAGUCAUAAAACAUGCUGUCAGUUACGAUGUCAGUAAUUCGGAACUCCCGAUAUGUGAUAUUGAAAGUGACUAUGAUGGUCAAAGUGAUAAUUUAAGAAUUUUAGCUGUAUUUAUGGUCCUUAUUAGUUCAGGUCUAGGUAGUUUUUUCCCUAUUCUUUCUUCAAAAUAUUCUGUAAUUCGUUUACCCAAUUGGUGUUUUUUCAUUGCCAAAUUUUUUGGUUCAGGUGUCAUUACUGCUACAGCAUUUAUUCAUUUGUUAGAACCUGCUACAGAUGAAUUAGGAAAUGAUUGUCUGGGAGGUACUUUUGCAGAGUAUCCUUGGGCUUUCGGUAUUUGUUUAAUGUCAUUAUUUACAUUAUUUUUGGUAGAAAUUGUCACUCAUCAUCUCAUGGAAAAAAAUGUUGCCGGUGUUACUCCCAAUAAAGUCGUACAUAUGCACGAUGAAAUAUCUUCUAGCGAUGAAGGAUUUGAUAAAGUUGAUGAUGUUAAUGAAUUGGAAGUCACAAAUACACAAUUGACUACUGCAUCAGAAGAUCGUAUAGAUUUCAAUCCGAUUAUUGGUGCUAAUCAUUAUUCUCAUGCAGAACAUCAUCAAGAUAUCGAACAAAUGAACAGUGCAUUAGAAGAAACUGGAAAAGAAUCAUAUUCAUCACAAAUAGUGUCUUUAUUAAUUUUAGAAUUUGGUGUCAUCUUCCAUUCAAUAUUCGUUGGUUUAUCUUUAGCUGUUUCUGGAGACGAAUUUAAAACGUUAUUCGUAGUCAUUAUUUUUCAUCAGAUGUUUGAAGGGUUGGGUUUAGGUUCUAGAAUUGCAGAGCAGAACUGGGGUGUCAGGAACACAUACACACCAUGGUUAUUAGCACUAGGUUUUACUGUUGCAACUCCAAUUGCUAUUGCUAUUGGCAUUGGUGUCAGAUAUUCUUACUUUCCGGGUUCUAGAAACGCUUUGAUUUCAAGUGGUAUAUUCGAUUCUCUUUCAGCAGGUAUUUUAAUAUACACAGGUCUUGUGGAAUUGAUGGCUCACGAAUUCUUAUUUUCAAAACAAUUCCAAGGUGAAAAUGGAUUUAAAAAGAUGCUCCUUGCGUAUGUAUGUAUGUGCUGUGGUUGUGCAUUGAUGGCAUUGAUAGGGAAAUGGGCUUAA